GACCUCUUCGACGAACCACUUCUUGAAUCAGCCGCGGUCAAGAACCUCUGCGCGAACACGGAAUGGAAUCCAAAAUUGCUGUUCACCUGCAAUCGAUCUGGAGGCGGAGUGGGUAAUCUCCGCAACUCGAUCUUGAAUUGCGUUCGUUAUGCCAUUUCUGCGGGAGCGGGGUUGGCUCUGCCAAGAGUGAUACUGCGGGACCCAAACGAUAUCUCGCAUAUCUGGGAAAGGGAGACGAUUUCUUUCGAUUACAUCUUUGACGAGACGCAUUUUGUGGAAUCGUUGAGACUGUCAUGUCCGCAGCUGCAGCUGUUUGAUGAUGCAGAGGAGUUUGCGAAGCAAUCGAGUGAGGAUGCUAUCAGGCUUCUGCCAGAGAGUCUGAUGGAAGAUACACCGACGGGCAUUGCACACCCAGAGGGAUGGAGAGGGAAGUUUUACGGGUGGUUGAGUAAAGAGAGAGAUACCAAUUCACAGGUGGUAGUGGAUUUGGAGCGCUCAUACUUGAAGUAUCCAAUCUAUUCUGAUCUGGAAGGCUUUGUUCUCGACUUUGGCAAGAUCCUGAAGUUCCGCAAGGAGGCGAGAGAGUUGGCUACGACAGUUCUGAAGAACCUCGUCUCGUCAUACGAUCUCAAUGGCAAGUUUGGGGAUGAAAUCUGGAAAGGUUCUUUCUUUGGCGCCCACCUGCGUACGGAGAUGGAUUCUCAAAGAGGAUUCCCUGUCCAAGUAUACGAGUACUCGAAAUACAGCGUCCAAUCACACUACUACCUCGAACAGGCUGCUGCUUCUGGAUUGCCGGUCAUCUACCUUGCAUCAGGGGAUGUCGGCCAACUACAGCACUUCACAAACGACGCACACAAGUUCAACCUCACCGUCUCCACAAAGCAUGAUCUGGUCAGCGGCGAAGAUACGAAACGACUUCAAAGUCUCACCUUUGAUCAACAAGCUUUGGUCGAUUACUUGGUCUUGAUGAAGUCUUCCGAGUUUGCUGGCGUAGGACAUUCGAGUUUUGCUUGGAAUAUUGCUUUGUGGAGACAUCAGUUUGCGAAGCAAAGAGAUCAUCUAAAUGGCCCGCAACUCAUGUCGGAUGAGUUGAGCCAAAUCUAUGGAACGGUGGGCCAAUAUUUAGAGUAUGCGGCUUGUCUUUGGCCUUGA